UCCAGCUCGCUGCAAUGGUAAAAUUAAGAGCAAGAUGCAUUCUUGUAGGGGACGCUGCAGUGGGUAAGAGCUCUCUGUCCCAAAUGUUCCGCAGCGACGGCACUCAUUUUCAGAAGAACUAUAGCAUGAGCGCUGGAGUGGAGCUGUCGGUCAAAUCAGUCAUCAUUCCAGAGACCAAAGAUAGUGUGGAAUUGUACGUCUUAGACUGCGCGGGUCAUGAGACUUUUGUGGAAGCCUGUGAGAAGAUGUGGGGACAGCCGUCAGUGGUGUGUCUUGUGUUUGACAUCACCAAUGAAGCAUCGUUCUCUGGCUGUAGCCACUGGUUAGAACGAGUCAGAAGCCACUGUCAUGGUCUGCAGAUCCCAGGAGUGCUGGUAGGCAACAAGUCUGACCUGUCGACGAGGAGAAAGGUAGAGGCAGCGGUGGCCAUGGAGUGGGCUCAGAGCCAGGGACUGGAAUACCACGAGACAUCCGCCAAAGAAAUGGAGAAUUGUGAUGCUCCCUUCCUAAGUCUCGCAAAAGCGUUCCAUGCCCUGUAUCAGGAUCGGCUCCAGAUCAUUCAGAGCUUGGUAUAG